GGUCAGAGACAAACGGGGUUGAAGCAUCAAUAGAAAUAAUCUAUGAAGCAACUUCUGAUAUCACAGAAGCAAAGGUAACAAAAACAAUGGAAAAGGUCGCCUGUGGAAACUGUCCACUGGCAGGAAGUUUUCAAGUCAAAAGCGCUUGCGAUUCCACUGCUUGUGAGGAAACAUCUUCAGACUGCCGCCAUAAAGAUGGCCUUUUGACAUGCGAGUGUAAACACGGCUACCUUACCUCAAAUUACACUGAAAGAUUAUGUGUGGCAUGUCCCGCUGGUAAGAAAGCUGAGGACGGCACAUGUAAAUCAUGCGGCUUUGGUCGUACUGGCUUUAACUGUAAGGACGGUGAGUAUGCAGAAGUGAAAGUUGAAGCAUAUUCAUCAAGAUGUUAAUUUUUAUGUUUAGGGUGGGGACAUGCAGCAUGCUUGGAUUUGGUUUAUUAUCUAAAUUCUGAGUUGGAGUGUCUUAAAAAGAAUCUGUUUGCAAAGCUGCACAUUCAAAAUACAGAAUUCAUACUUCAGACACAAAACAAAAAAAAUCAUUAAAAAAUAUUAAAGUUA